UUAUUGUAGCCCCUCGAGUGACACAGUUGGGAGGAAAUUCUUGUGAAAUAACCUGGGAAACGGUCCCACCCAUGAAGGGAGAUCCUGUUGGUUACGUUCUACAGGUACUGGUUGGAAGAGAAUCUGAAUACAAGCAGGUGUACAAGGGAGAAGAGACCACAUUCCACAUCUCAGGCCUUCAAGUCAACACAGACUAUCGGUUUCGCGUCUGCGUCUGCCGCCGGUGCUUGGAUACCUCACAGGAACUUAGUGGACCUUUCAGCCCAUCUGUUGCCUUUAUGCUUCAGCGAAACGAGAUCAUGCUUGCAGGAGAAAUGGGAAGCAUAGAUGAUCCUAAGAUAAAGAGGAUCAUUCCUACUGAUGAACAGUUUGCAGCCCUCAUUGUUCUUGGCUUUGCAAGUUUGUCAAUUAUAUUCGCCUGUAUAUUACAAUACUUCUUUAUGAAGUAGAGAAUUCAAUGGAAGUUUGAGAUACAAAUUUAACUAAUGCUACGCAUUAUAAUCCACACAUUUAUUCAGAUAUUCCUUUUUUUUGAAAUCCUUUUGUUCUACCAUACAUUUUAUAUACUUCUCUUGUUUUUACAGUUCUAGCUUGAAGAAAGAUAAAUCAGUGUUUUGAUGCACCUUUUUGAAAUUCAAAACUAGGAAGUGGUUAAACUGGAGAAACAAGCAAACCAGAUACCAAAAGAAAGAAUUUUAUUUUUUUUUUCCUUCACGGUUUCAAAAUUGUCACCAAUUUGCCUUUUCAACAUUAUUUUGGGGUUUUUUUUCACUGAAGAUCUUGCAGUCUCUUAUUUUAUCUUACUAUUUAGGAAAUUUUAAUAAUGAUUCACUUUUUUUGUCUCUUCUUUUUCCUCCUAAACAUUAGUCACAGGUGUGUAGAGUGGUAAGACUAGAAUACAGUGUUAGUCAACAGCACCAGGUUUUCCUUGAACAGUAUUAGCAGUGUUGCCUAUGAAUUACUCACUACAUUUGCCCCA